AUGGGGCCUUUUGCUUUUACGGUGAUACUGCUUGUUUCGCUAUGGAUAUUUUCUCACGGAAGAAGCCUUAUGCGCAAUUACAUCGCCGCAAGAGCUCUUGCGUUGCCGCUCAUCAUACACCCCUUUAAUCCUGACAGCGUCACUUUUGCCCUCCUCUCGGAGUCACUUCAUGCUAUCUUUGUGCGGAUACUCCCAUCUUCUGCUUACGAAUACAUUGAGCCCUCCUUCAUUGGCUGGGAGUUCCAUAACAAAGGCGCGAUUCACCAGCGACUAGGGCCAGCUUUUGUUAUCGUGACUUCGGGUAUCAAUAGGCUAGUCUGUUCCGAUCCGGCCUUGUCUUCUACUUUUAUGACGAGAAGGAGAGACUUUGUACAUACGGAUAUCUCUGCUCGGGUCAUGGGUAUGCAUGGGCCAAACAUUAUAACGGCUGUCGAGGAUGCAUGGUCUCGUCAGCGACGCAUUGUAGCCCCGGCCCUCAAUGAGGGCAUCAGCUCCGAUGUCUGGGAUGAGAGCAUAGAGCAAGCUUCUUCUUUUGCCGACGUUCUGCUGUCUUCUUCUCCUUCGACCCCUGCCGAUGACCGGGCUACCGACACCAUACCUGGCCUUCGAUCGAUUGCCAUGAAUGUCCUUUCCCGUAUUGCAUAUGGUAGCGGUAAAACAUUCAGCGUUUGGAGUCCUUUUUACGAUCCCAAGGCAGACAUAUCUUACGUCGAUGCCAUCGCCGUUUGCACCGAUCUCCUGGUCGCCGCCGUCUUCAUCCCAGCCUGGAUCUUGAGGCUGCCCGUUAUGCCGCUUUCUUUGCAGACGCUGGCAGCAACACUGCGACAGAUGCCCGAUCUGGCCAAGAACAUGCUCGAGCAGGAGCGCCAGAGAAUCUCUACCUCGCCGGUUACUGAGACAGCGACGACAACGACGACGACGACGACGACAGGCGCCAAGAAGCGUCCUGAAACCAUCAUGACCACUCUCCUGAGGCUCUCCGACCAGGCAAAGGAGGAGGCCACGUCCGGAGAGACCAAAUCGGCGGUGGGUGGUUCGGCCAACAGCGGCGGAAACAAGACGUAUCUCACCGAGCCCGAGAUCCAAGGCAACCUUUUCAUCUUUACAGCCGCGGGCUUCGGCACCACGGCCAACACGAUGGCCUACGCAGUUGCGCUUCUGGCCGCCCAUCCGCAAUGGCAGACCUGGAUACAGGCCGAGAUCGACUCCGUCGUAGGGAGUGUUAGUUGCGACCAGGAGGGGAAGGUUCAGAUACCAGAAUAUGAUGAAACCUUUCCGAAACUGAAUCGUUGUAUGGCUGUUAUGCUGGAAACCCUCCGCCUCUACCCGGCCGUAGCGCUGCUGCUGCGCAAGACCACAGUCGAUCAGACAAUCUCCCUGCCGGGCUCCCCCUCGACCAAAGCACCCCUCAAGGCCCCCUUCAUGGUCCAGGUCAACGUCAUGGCGUUGCACUCGAACCCCGAGGUGUGGGGACCGGACUCGCUCGAGUUCAACCCUGGACGCUGGCUGCGUCCGGACCCGGAGGCUCCAGGGGGCCACGUGCUCAUGACGCCUCCCAAGGGCACCUUCAUCCCCUGGUCCAUCGGCCCGCGCGUGUGUCCCGGCCAAAAGAUGGCGCAGGUCGAGUUCGUGUCCGUCAUCAUGACUCUUUUUGGGCGGUGCAGCGUCGAGCCCAUCCCAAGGGACGGCGAGAACCUGGAGCAGGCAAGGAAGCGGGUCUUGGAGCUGGCCGAGGAUAGCGAGCCGGGGCUGACGCUGCAGAUGAAAAAGCCGGGGGAUAUUCGCCUGAGGUGGACUAAGAGGUGA